CUCCUUGGCCUUGUAAAGAUCAAAUGGUCUGGGAUAGUGUUUGCUCCUGCUGAUUUGUGGUACUACGGGGAGAGGAACGGGCUCUUCCUCUUGAUGGCUCUGAUGGAUAAAAGCAAACACAGGGAGAAGAAAGUGCAGAUUGAGCCGCUUCUCGGCAAAGACAUCGCAAGUGAUUUGGCUCCACCGGAGCACGUGAUGAUCGUGGUGGGUGGGCAAGCGCCCAAGGCCAUCCGCAGCGUGGAGUGCUAUGAUUUUGAGGAGGAACGAUGGGAUCAGGUUGCUGAGCUUCCCUCCCGGAGAUGCCGAGCAGGCGUGGUGUUUAUGGCCGGCAACGUUUAUGCCGUCGGGGGCUUCAACGGCUCCCUGCGGGUGCGCACGGUGGACGUGUACGACGGCGUGAAGGACCAGUGGACGUCCAUCGCCAGCAUGCAGGAGCGGCGCA